AUGGCUUCAACUGGUAAAGAACGCAGCGGGCCGAUGAAUCACAGGCGGAGUAACGGCGGGUGCAUCACCUGUAGGGUCCGACGUGUCAAGUGCGACGAGAAGAAGCCAUCAUGCAAGCGUUGCAUCUCCACUGGUCGGAAAUGUGACGGCUAUCCCGUACCAAAGCCCAGGCUGGAGGCAGUCUCGGUGGUUGUCAUGGGCUCAGGGUCCUGCUCAACCCCUGGUGCAUGUCCCGCCAGGUCGAGGCAGUCGUUUCAGAUGUUCAGCGAGCUGUAUGCUCCGAUGCUUUCCGGCUAUGGCACAGAGGGCUUCUGGGGCAUGGUUGUGCUGCAGGCCAGUCAUGUCGAUGAAAGCAUCAAGCACCUGGUCAUUGCAGCUUCAAACUUGAGCUCGAGCAACAACGUCCCGUUCCUUGCCCACUACAGCAGGGCACUGCAGAUUCUGAGUCGCUCUCAGAACGUCGACGUCAUCAUCAUACUCAUUGCCUGUGUCUUGCUCACCGUUUGCGACGAGCUUCAGAACCGCGGCGACAGUGCACAGCGCCACAUCUUGGCAGGCGAGAGAAUCUUGGCAGAACAAGACGGAUUAUCUUUGGGUCCUUGGAGAGACAGCUUUGUCUUGAAAGAAAUCAUGUCGACCUUUUCGCGUCUUUGCUCCCCAAGGCCUAUGAUAUCUCGGGUUCCCUAUCCGUCAACUUGA